AAUUCAAAAUUCGGUGUGUAUUUUCCAGGAACUGGAAUUGAAACAAUUUAAAAAUGUACGGAGAAAGCUAGGGAACACAAAAGUGCAGGGCAGGUCCAGGUGAUUUGAUUUCGCUUCUCUUCCGUGAGCAUCAGAAAAAUCCAAUGCAUAAAGAAGCAAAUUUUUUUACAAAAAUAACCAUAUAAAAUUUUAUAAUUUACGAAAUAAUUCUAUCAAAGUUUGUAUUUGGCAAAUCAACUCUCGAAACGCGAUAAUCAUUCACCAAGGUCUUUUAAAUAAUUCUAUCAAAUUUGUAUUUGGCAAAUUAACUCUCGAAACGCGAUAAUCAUUCACCAAGGUCUUUUAAAGGGGGGUGAAUCAUUCACCAAAAAAAUGAGGUGGUUAAAAUUGUUUGUAAAUUAUACGGAAAAUACGUAGAUUAUGUGAAAAAUGAAAAAAAAGUGAGAUUGUUAGUAUUAUGUGUAGAAUAUUAAAAUUUUUGUUUGAUUGUUAGAAUUAUAUGGAUAGAUUAUUAAUUUUUUUUUUAUUGUUAGGAUUAUAUGAAUAUAUUAUUAGGAUCUUUUUUAUUGUUAGAAUUGUGUAAAUAAAUUAUCAGAAUUUUCAGGUUAUUAAGAUUAUAUGUAAUUUGUUGAAAUAUUUAUAUGUUUCUUAGUAUUAUAGAAAGAAAUAAGUGAAAGACGGUGAAUGAUUCACCGCAUUUCUAACCAUACACUGUCUUUAAAAGAUUAAAUUUUUAAAUAUAAUUUUGACAAAAUCAUUUCACAAAUAAUAAAAUUUUUUUAAAAAAAUCUUAAGAAGGCAGUUACGUUCUUUGGAACGAAAAAGAAACCGUUUUGUUUCCCUCCCCCCAUUUCCUCCAUCUUCUGCGAGUGCAACAAGAAGCGUCGCACGGACGGAUGACAAUGGCCGUCACCAGCGUGCACACGAUCCAAACUGCUUUUCUCGUCACCAUCUUCCUCCUCAUCCGACCCUCCCUCGCCCACAAUCACAUCGUCGGCGGCUCCAUCUGGUCGAUCCCCCUCGCCGCCGACUUGUACGGUAACUGGGCCCACAACAUAUCGUUCGAGGUCGGGGAUACUCUAGUGUUCAGAUUCGAGAUGGGACUUUACGAUGUAGUCGAGGUCUCACAGAGCGAGUUCGAGCAUUGCACGGCCGAGAAGCCCUUUAGAGCUUUCCUCGUCGGACCGGCGGAGCUUCAUCUCGACGAAGGAGGCAUGAGAUACUUUAUCUGCAGCGUCGGGAACUACUGCUUUCUCGGGAUGAAGCUCCCCGUCUCCGUGCAGAGUCUGCAGCCGCCGCCCCCCGGAGGUUCUUCCUCCCCAAUUCCGUCGCCGGUGCCCUAGAAUAUUCAUCUGCCUUUUGACGUAUGUUCUUGGAUAUUGUAAACUCACUCCCAAAGUUGGGAUUUGCCUCUGCAAUUUUUACUUCAACACUGUAACUCCUCCUCCCUCAACCACCUACCCCACCCCCACCCCUUCCUUUUUAACAUAUAUAUAAUAUUGCACUUUAAUCAUGUACACCCCCCCCCCAAAUUAAAAACUGAAAUUUCAUACAAAAUUACCUUUC